CGGUGCGCGCUCCCGCGAUGUGCACGCAGAUCUCGGCGGCAGACUUCUCUGAGCACAACACCGGGGAGAUGCUCCGACGCUGCUGGAAAUGCCUCGGAAGGUAAAGGAGCCAACAAUUCACCUCCUUCUGAGCACACUGCUCUGUAGGGUACAUUUUUUCAAUCAAAAGAAGUCACUGAACACGCUUUGCUGUGACCUGGAGUGAAAGCUGCGUCGUUUUGACAUCUUCAGAGAGGAUUUAUUUUCUCCUUUGAAGCUUGAAGUUUGGACAGCUAACAGCUAACAGGAGACUUCUGCUAACGUUGUAGCGUUAGCCUAGCCGGCUAGGUAAAUAUCACGGACGCUUCUCGGAGGUUUCUACGUCUUUAUCUACGAGAUCAACACAAACUGUGCGGUUAGUUGUCGCGUUGUUUUAUUAAAGGGCGCAGUAUGCUCCUCUUGAUCAAGAUGCGUUUUGUUACAUUACUCCCAUCACUAACUGUGUGUGGUUAGCCUGUUCUUCUGCUAGCUGACAUUAGCUAACGCUGCCGAGCCAGUAACUUGGAGAUCUUCGGCGAGCUAACCACGGACGUAUUGUGGUUCACAAUUAGCCUCUACUGCUUGAAGAAGCCGACCUGCAGCCAUGUUUGAAAUGGAGACACACAUCUCGUGCCUUUUCCCGGAGAUCCUGGCCAUAAUAUUCAGUUAUCUGGACGUUAAAGACAAAGGAAGAGUCGCCCAAGUGUGCGCGGCCUGGAGAGACGCGUCCUACCACAAGUCCGUGUGGAGGGGGGUGGAAGCCAAGCUCCAUCUGCGGCGAGCUAACCCGUCUCUGUUCCCCAGUCUGCAGACCAGAGGGAUCAAAAAAGUUCAGAUUCUCAGCCUGAGGCGAAGUCUGAGCUACGUGAUUCAGGGGAUGCCGCACAUCGAAAGCCUUAACUUGUGUGGGUGUUUCAACCUCACAGACAACGGACUCGGGCAUGCCUUUGUGCAGGACAUCCCGUCCCUGCGGGUACUGAACCUCAGCCUCUGUAAACAGAUCACUGACUCCAGCCUGGGGAGGAUCGCUCAGUAUCUCAAAAACCUGGAGGUGCUUGAACUUGGAGGAUGCAGCAAUAUCACGAACACGGGCCUGUUGCUCAUUGCCUGGGGCUUGCACAGACUCAAGAGUCUCAACCUGCGCAGUUGUAGGCAUGUGUCCGAUGUGGGUAUCGGUCACCUGUCCGGCAUGACCCGCAGCGCUGCAGAAGGCUGUCUCUCCCUGGAGAAGUUAACCCUUCAGGACUGCCAGAAACUCACAGACCUGUCCCUCAAACACGUCUCAAAGGGUUUGAACAAGCUCAAAGUGCUCAACCUCAGCUUCUGUGGAGGAAUAUCUGACGCAGGCAUGAUUCACCUUUCACACAUGACCCACCUGUGCAGCCUGAACCUUCGGUCAUGUGAUAACAUCAGUGACACCGGGAUAAUGCAUCUGGCCAUGGGUUCCCUCCGGCUUUCUGGACUUGAUGUCUCCUUCUGUGACAAGAUCGGAGACCAAAGCUUGGCUUACAUCGCCCAGGGGCUGUAUCAGCUCAAGUCCCUCUCUCUGUGCUCCUGCCACAUCAGCGAUGAUGGCAUCAAUAGGAUGGUACGCCAGAUGCAUGAACUGAAGACUCUCAACAUUGGACAGUGUGUAAGGAUCACAGACAAGGGGUUGGAGUUGAUAGCAGACCACCUGACCCAGCUGACAGGGAUUGAUCUGUAUGGUUGUACUAAGAUUACCAAGAGGGGUCUGGAGAGGAUAACACAGCUGCCGUGCCUUAAAGUGUUAAACCUGGGAUUGUGGCAAAUGACUGAGAGUGAGAGAGUGAGGUGAAGUCAGGAGACAUGUUUGUAAUGCUCAGUGAUGUUCUGAGAGGGACUGCCUGUAUUCAUUCUUAAUUUCACCUUGUACGCUGUGACUAAAAAACAAGGCGAGGGACUCUGCAUUGAUCACUGGAAUAUUGUUGCAAUACUCCACUCUCACUCACAUGAACUUUCUGCCUUGUGCUCUCUUUUGAUGUGCAUUGUUAAAUCUCAGCCUGUGUACAGUUCUUACUCUCAAGCUACCUCACCUGUCAAACACAGGAGUGCCUACUACCGCUGAAUACUAAAUGACAUUGCAUAUUUUUGUGACUUACACACCAAUGGAGAUUUGUUAUUUAAAGAGAAGUCUCAUUGAAGAUUAACAGUUAGAUAUUUUAACUCUUAACAGAAAGGCUGGAGUACCUUGGACUUAAGUUUUUAUAGUAUGUCUUUUUGGCUGAUGUAUUUUUUACUUGUGUAACCAAUAUUUUUUGUAAUGAACGACUUGACAAAAUUGUACUUCAAAUUGAAGUGGGUGGAUCACUCCCGUCUGUCUUUGUUUACCUAUAUAAAUAGAUGGCUAUGUUUCAUAUUCCUGAGGAAAUAACUAUGAAUGCUACUCCUUUUAAGGUUCAUCAACAUAGCUACAGUAAGGCGUAGUAAUUAACAGCUGCCAAGGCUAUAUGCAAUACUUAACAAACUGUUUCAGUGUUUUGAAGAGCUUCCAACAGUAGUGUCGGAGUAUUUGUUUAAAAAAGCAGUUAUUUAAUAUUGUUUUAUAUUCAUACAGUAGUGAUAUUUAUGAAUAAAGAUGGCAAAGAUGUUUCAGUUUUUUAA